AUGAUUAUUAGCGUCCGAUCCAGAGGCCUCUUAGGCGUUGCGGCCUUCCUACCGGCCCUCGCGGUUGCUCAAAGUCAAGAGUCCACCGGCAUCCAAGUUGAUGGGAAAUCCUUCGCCCUCAAUGGGGACGGCGUCUCGUACCGCUUCCACGUCAGCGACGAUGACGGCGAUCUGAUCUCCGAUCACUUUGGCGGAGCAGCCACCGAGAUGAUCAGCUUCCCUCCCCUUGCCGAGGUCCACGGGUGGACUGAAAUCACGGGCCGUGAGCGCCGCGAGUUCCCCGACUCCGGGCGCGGCGACUACCGCACUCCUGCGGUGCAGAUCCGCCAAGGCGAAGGCACCCCCGUGAGCGCGCUACGGUACAAGUCUCACGACAUCAUCAAGGGAAAGCCCGAAUUGGCGGGGCUCCCCUCAACUUGGGGCGGCGAGGACGAUGCGACGACGCUGGUGGUGAACUUGGAGGACAAGCUCAGCGGCGUCCAGGCUGCUCUGUCGUACUCCAUCUUCCCCAAGCACGACGCCGUAGCGCGCAGCGUCAACAUCACCAACAGCGGCGACGGCAACGUGACCAUCGAAAAGCUGGCCAGUCUGAGCGUCGACCUUCCAUACGAGGAGCUCGACAUGAUCAACCUGCACGGCGAGUGGGCACGCGAGGCCCAGCGCAGGCGCAGACCUGUCGACUAUGGCAUUCAGGCGUUCGGGAGCAGCACCGGCUACUCGUCCCACCUGCACAACCCGUUCCUCGCAGUCGUCUCCGCCGACGCGACCGAGUCCCAUGGCGAGGCUUGGGGUUUCUCCCUCAUCUACACGGGCUCCUUCUCGGUCGAGGUGGAGAAGAGCUCGCACGGCUUCACCCGGGCCAUGCUGGGCCUGAACCCAUCCCAGCUGUCGUGGAAGCUGGCCCCCGGCGAAACCUUCACUUCGCCAGAGUGCGUAGUCGUCUACUCGGACCAGGGCGUGGGUGGCAUGUCUCGCAAACUGCACCGGCUGAUGAACCGCAACCUCAUCCGACCUCGGUGGGCCAAGGCUACGCGCCCCAUCCUUCUCAACAGCUGGGAGGGAAUCGGCUUCGACUUCAACCAGACCAGGGUCGAGAGGCUGGCCAGGGAGACCGCGGACCUUGGCGUGAGCAUGCUCGUUCUGGACGACGGCUGGUUCGGCGACGAGUACCCCCGUCUCGCCGACAAUGCCGGACUGGGCGACUGGGUCCCGAACCCGGAGCGCUUCCCCGAUGGUCUGACCCCCGUAGUCGACUACGUCAACAGCUUGGACGUGGCGGAUCGCGAUGGUCAGAAGCUCAAGUUCGGCCUCUGGGUAGAGCCCGAGAUGGUGAAUCGCAACUCGACCCUGUAUCACGAGCACCCGGACUGGGCUCUCCACGCGGGUGACUAUCCGCGUACCGAAGUACGCAACCAGCUGGUGCUCAACGUCGGCCUCGUCGAGGUGCAGGACUUCAUCAUCGAGACCGUCUCCGGGAUCCUGCGCAACAGCACCGGCAUCUCAUACAUCAAGUGGGACAACAACCGCGGCAUGCACGAGAUUCCCGACUCGGAGACGUACCACCGCUACAUGCUUGGUCUGUACCGCGUGCUGGGCGAGCUCGUCGAUCGCUUUCCCGACAUCCUCUGGGAGGGCUGCGCCUCGGGCGGCGGCCGCUUCGAUCCGGGCAUGCUGCGCUACUUCCCGCAAACCUGGACCUCUGACAACACCGACGCCCUCGACCGCCUAGCCAUCCAGUUCGGUACCUCCCUGGCCUACCCGCCCGCCGCCAUGGCCGCCCACGUCAGCGCCGUGCCCAACGGAAACACCGCCCGCGUGAUCCCCAUGGAGUUCAGGGGCCACGUCGCCCUCAUGGGUGCCAGCUUUGGCCUCGAGCUCGACCCGGCGGAGAUGAGCGAGGAGGAGAGGUCCAAGGUUCCGGGGCUGAUUGCCCUGGCUGAGCGCAUCCGCCCCCUCGUUCUCGAGGGUGACGUGUACCGCCUGCGACUGCCUGAGCAGUCCAAGUGGCCCGGCGCCGUGUACGUGGCCGAGAACCAAGAGUCAGCAGUCCUCUACGCGUUCCAGACGCAGGGCGUCGUCAACAUGGCUGGCCGAGCCGUCUUCAGUCUUCAGGGAUUGGACCCCUCGACACGCUACCGCCUGGACGUGUUUGGCGGUGAUGAGUACGGCAAGAAUGCCACUUACUGGGGCAGGACGCUCAUGAAUGUUGGCCUGCAGUUUGCCUUUGAGGGGGACUACGACAGUAGGGUUGUCGUUCUGAACAAGGUAUAA